CAGUUGCAUUAUGGGAGACAGAUGAUUGACACGGCAGCCAUUUUGGUUCUGGUCUCCCUGCUUCCAUUGUGUGAGAGAUAGUAAAUAUCUGACACUGCCAGACAACCAUAACACUUGUAUCCUUGCGGAGAAAAAACGUUAAAUUCACCCCCGGUGAUAUUUUGUCAGAAUGGCCCGUACCAAGCAGACUGCUCGUAAGUCCACUGGAGGAAAGGCUCCUCGUAAGCAGCUGGCCACCAAGGCUGCGCGUAAGAGCGCCCCCUCCACCGGCGGCGUCAAGAAGCCCCAUCGCUACAGGCCCGGCACCGUGGCUCUGAGAGAGAUCCGUCGGUACCAGAAGUCCACCGAGCUGCUGAUCCGCAAGCUGCCCUUCCAGCGCCUGGUGAGGGAGAUCGCCCAGGACUUCAAGACCGACCUGCGUUUCCAGAGUGCCGCCAUUGGAGCCCUGCAGGAGGCCAGCGAGGCGUACCUGGUCGGCCUGUUUGAGGACACCAACCUGUGCGCCAUCCAUGCCAAGCGUGUCACCAUCAUGCCCAAAGACAUCCAGCUGGCACGCCGCAUCCGUGGCGAGCGCGCUUAGACGGCCUCUGUAAUGUGUCACCUCUGUCCUCUUUUUUUCUCUACCUGUCACUGUCCCCGCCCCUCCUCCCUCAUUCCCCUCCCGCCCACCCUCACCCGUCCCCGUCACUCCCCUCCCCCAGCCCACCCUGCUUUCUUGGUAGACUUUAGAGUAAUCCUGAUUAAGAAAGAAAUAGAAAUAUGUUGAAAGUCUGGUCUCUCAUAGUUUUUUUUUUGUCUUCACCAAAUGUUUUAGGGUACCUUUUUUGUGCAUGUAACAGGUUUCGCAGAUCAGACACACAUGCUCACACAUACUCAGAGACACAUCGUUGCGCUGUGUUUCCAUCACGCCCUACAUAAAAAAAAAAAAAAGAAAAAGAAAUACCUGAGCUUGCCUGGAUUCGUCCGGGCUGCUAAGUUGGCGAGUGUGUUCUGAGUGGCACCGAGCAACGUGAGCCGAGGCGGAGGGGCAUGGCCGCCGGGCUAGUCUGCUUAAGGGGAGCUGCAACUUCCACAGCAGGGUGCUAAUAAAACUAGUCCUGAGGCCUCUGCCCCGUCCGCACACACACACACACCUCCCCUCGCGCCCAGUCCGUCCCUCUGCGCCCCGCCCCCCUUCCCAUCUCCACGCUCAGCCACGUCCAUCACGGCUCUCCGCUCAGAUCUGGAGUCCACAGCGAGAGGGGACGGCUGUCUGUCGGCCCGCUCGGGUGAGCGCGUGAUCUCUGAUCUGCCAAACCGAUUGUAUUCAACAAACAAACAAGUAUCUCCUGGUUGCUUAAGAAUAUUGAUUAUCGUUGUGCAUAUGGUGUCUAUUAUUUUUUUUACUUAUAUAAUUCAUAGAUGAACAUCUCUUCAUUUUAUCACUUACAGAUUCUUCAAAUUUUGGUGAAAAGUGAUUGAUAUUGUCAACAUCCUAUCCUUUUUUUUUUUUUUUUUUUUUUUUUACAGUGAUCUGUUUUGUUUUUAGAAAAUCAGGAAGGGCUUCUGUGUUUCCCAGGACAACUCAUGUUCUAAUGGCAGCCACACGGGGGCGAUGAUUUACCAGCUCCUUUCCCACUUAGUCUCUCACUGCAACUACCGAUCAAUCGAUUAGUUGUUUGGUCCAUGAAAAGCCCGAAAUGACGUCCUUAGAUCUCUCGUUUUGACUCCACCAAUAGGCCACGGCCCAAAGAUACUCAGUUUACUCUCAUAGAGGAAUGAAGAAACCAGAAAAUAUUCACAUUUGAGAAGCUAGAACCGGAGACUUUUGAAAUUCUUAAAAAUGACUCAUGAUGUAUUGAUUAUGGAAAUAGUUGGCGAUUAAUAGUUGGCAACUGAUCGAUUAUUGGACUGCUGGUUGCAGCUGUGCACCACACAUUGUGCUCUGUCUCUCUUACCCUAUCUUUAUCUCUUCAGAUAGGCUUUUGACUCAUCACCACAGUAUAAACUGGCAUGGUAGCGAGAGUUAUACUUUGCAUGUUUAGGCUCUGUUUCUCUCCUGCUUCCUGUGUAGAUCUGACUGUAGAAUCUGUCCGUUUCUCAGAAUUUGUGAUACACAAUAUAACCUCAUAUUUGUUUUCUUUUAUAUUUUUUCUUAUUCCUCGAGAUUUUCAGACGUAUAAAUAAGCUGAUCUUUGUAUUUUCCAAAUUUCUCAUAUUAUGGUGGUAAUAAAUAGGUGUU